AUGUUCUUCAUACAUUUCCUUGAGCAUGUCCUGACGCUGCAUCCGUCUUUCUUUGGCUCGCAUGUGAAGGAGUACCUUAGCCAGAAGCUGCUGGAUGAUGUGGAAGGCGUGUGUACGGGCGAUUACUACAUCGUCUGCGUGAUGGACAUGUAUGAUAUCUCUGAGGGAAGGAUCAUACCCGGCAGCGGUCUGGCAGAGUAUACCAUCGUCUACCGGGCUAUUGUCUGGAAACCGUUCAAGGGAGAGACGCUAACUGCCGGUGAAAAGGUUGACGCUAUCGUUACCUCUGUCAAGAACCAGGGCAUCUUCGCUGAGGUUGGGCCGUUGACGGUCUUUGUCUCGAAACAUUUGAUUCCGCCGGAGAUCAAGUGGGAUCCAGAUGCGACUCCUCCGCAGUACACGGACAACGCAGACCAGGUCAUCGAGAAGGGGACGAACCUGCGAAUAAAGCUGAUUGGACUGCGAAAUGAUGUGCGCAACAUGUUUGCGAUUGGCAGCAUCAGAGAAGACUAUCUUGGGACUCUGUAA